GAAAACCGAAGCCUAGGGUUUGCACUCUAUUCUGCUGCUAAAGCAAUCUUCCCCAGGCCUUCAAACGCGUAGAGCUUUGGAAAACAGAAAUAAUGACGACAGUCGUACCUAUCUCUGAGGAAGAUCCAGCGCUUGCUGUUGUCCGCUUCACCUCCGAGCUCGCCUGGGCUGAUGCUGGUGCCGAGGUUGCAGAGCCACAAGUUAAUAGGCUAUACGUGGAGGCCCAAGAAUGCAUGGUUAUGGGCAGAUGGUUGGAUUUGACCUCCUUGAUUCUCACUUCAGCUGACUUGAUAUUCUCAAAGGUUUCUGAGAAAGACCUUGAAUGCAUCUUUACAGUAAUCUGCAAUCUUGUUAUAAAGCCUGAAAGUCCAGAUGAAUCACUCGAGAUAUCAAAACUUAUAUCAACAAAGAUCACGCAGCAACCAGAUGACAGGCCUGCAUUGCGCUUAAAGAUCUUGUUCAAUCUCUAUAAUCUGCUGGAGAACCCGUACAGCCGUUUCCAUGUAUACAUGAAAGCCCUUAAUCUUGCAGUUAGUGGGAAAGUCACUGAGUAUAUCGUACCUUCUUUCAAAAUGAUCGAAAGUUUCUUGAAAGAGUGGAAUAUUGGGGUCCAAGACCAAAGAGAACUCUUUAUCAGCAUUGCUAAUGUACUGAAAGAAAACAAAAGCUCAGCAAGAGAAUCAUUUAAGUUCUUGACAAAGUAUUUAGCGACUUUCUCCGGUGAGGAUGCCUAUACUAUGAGUGAAGCUAAGGAGGAAGCUGUGCGGACAAUAAUAGAAUUUGUGAAGGCACCGGAAAUGUUUCAGUGUGAUUUGUUAGAUAUGCCAGCUGUUGGACAAUUAGAGAAAGAUGCAAAAUAUGCAUUGGUGUAUCAACUUCUUAAGAUAUUUCUGCCCCAGAGGCUUGACGCCUACCUGGAAUUUCAAGCUGCAAAUUCUACCUUGCUGAAAAGUUAUGGUCUUGUUCAUGAAGACUGUAUAGCGAAGAUGAGGUUGAUAUCAUUGGUGGAUCUUGCCUCUGAUGAAUCUGGUGAAAUUCCAUAUGCCCUUAUCAGAGACACACUACGGAUCAAUGAUGACGAGGUGGAAUUGUGGGUUGUAAAGGCAAUAACUGCAAAAUUGAUUGAUUGUAAAAUGGACCAGAUGAAUCAGGUUGUGGUUGUCAGUCGGUGUACUGAGCGCGCAUUUGGACAAAAGCAAUGGCUAGCUCUGCGAGGAAAGUUAGCAACAUGGAGGGGUAAUAUUGCGAAUGUCAUCAGCACUAUUCAAGCAAACAAGAUAACUGAAGAUAGUGCCCAAGCAGUUCAAGGAUUGAUGAUUCGUUAAGAAAUUUUUGUGGAAGAUAUUAAUGCAGACAUUAGGUCCAUCUUUGCGAUGUAUGAUUGAGAGUGCAAUACUUGUUCACCAUUUAAGUUCAAUCGUAAUCCAAGUUUUAUUUGGAAAAGUUUUGACAGUGAUUAUAGUCAUUUUGAUUCACAUUUAUUUAUCAAUCUACCCCUUU